AUGGCCACUGCCCUCGUCCUCCGCCAGAAGCUGGAUGUUGUCCUCCGCCUGGCCCUGAGCGGCGUCAAAAUGACUCCAGUCAUCGCAAAAUACUUUACGAUUCUCGUUUUCCUUCUCAAUUUCGGGUCGUGGCCGCUGGCAUGGCAUUUCCGCGUCUUCCACUAUGUCAUCCCCGACCACUUGUCGUACCGCGCACUCCAGAUUCGCAAUAUUUUUACCCGUGGCGAAAAGUGGAGGCUAGCCCUUCAGGACUGGAAUGAACGUCGUAUGGCCAUCGGCGUCAAUCCUUUCCGCCAGGUUUGGACCUACAAAUGGAGUGUCGGCAUCCACGAAGGCGACUUCUUGCUUCAUAUGAGCAAUUCCAGCUACGGAGCGACUCUUGACAGGACGCGUAUGCACCUCGCUACUAUUGUGUUCCCGACCCUUCUCCGUGUUGGGGGCUUUGCACCUCUCGGCGCCAAGCACUACCAUUUUAUCCGCGAAAUCCCGACCCUCUCCAGCUACGAAGUCCGUGCCACCAUCGCUACCUGGGACCAGAAGUGGUUCUACACUGUCUUCCGUUUCGUCAAGCCUGUCUCUGCCAAGGACAAAAAAGCUGGCAAGCGCGUGGACCCAUCGCCCAUCGCGAGCACACCCCUUCCCAUCAACGGCAACGCGGAGCCAGAAGCCCUGAUGAAAGCCCUCGCCGCGCGGGCUGCGACUGUGCCUGAGCACGAUGGCGCGUUCUUAUACACUGAUGUCCAUCAAUUUUUUUUUUUUCUACUUGCAGGUGUCGUGGUCAACCAAUUCUGCUUCAAAGUUGGACGCAUCACUGUCCCUCCAGCCCUGGUGUUUGCCAGCAAUGGAUUAUACGUCCCACCUGACGCGGAUUCGGCACCUUCAGCAACUGGCGCUCGGCCACCAUACUGGGAGAAAGUUCGUGCAUUCAAUGCUUCCACCCCCAAACUUCGCAAGCUCUUUGCGGGCGGGUGGCGGGACACUCCCCCGGAAGAUCGGUGGUGGGAGGAGGCAUUUGCUCACGGGGAGGACAUUCGAAAAGCGCGUUUGGAGCUGUUCACUGGCAGCCCCGACGGUGAAAAGAAGGGAGGGUUGGUAGGGACGAUGGAGGCCGUCCGUGAGAUGUCUAGAUUGCCGGUCCUGCCUUAG